AUGUGGCCGCAAGGUGCAACCAGUGGUAUUACUAUUGCUGGUGAAAAUGGAUCAGGUGAAGAAUUAAAUCAAAUCAGUUUUCUCUAUGGUAUGUGCUUCCACGAAAGGACAAGUACACCGUACGUAGUAGACUUCUUUUAUAAUCGUAUUGUAAAAUUCCCAAAUGGAAACCAUGAUGGAAUUAUUGUUGCUGGACAGAAAGGAGAGGAGUCUAAUUCAAAAAGUAUAUCAACUCCAACUGGUGUUUAUGUGGAUGAAUGUGAAACAGUGUACAUUGCUGAUGCAGGAAACGAUCGAAUACAAAAAUGGUUAAAAGGGGCUACGGAAGGUAUUACAGUUGCUGGCGGCUUUGGACGAGGAUUGAAUGCUAGUCAAUUCAAUGGACCGUGGACUAUCAGAGUCGAUAAAUACAAUAAUAUGUAUAUUAUCGAUGCAUUUAAUGCUCGUGUCCAAAAAUGGGCACCAAAUGCCAAUGCUGGAGUGACGAUCAUUGGUGGAAACGGUUUUGGUGAUAGACCAGAUCAAUUUUCGUAUGCUUAUGGUUUAGCACUCGACAGUGAGGGAAAUAUUUUUGUCAGUGAACUUGGAAAUAAUCGAAUUCAAAAGUUUAGCAUUCAACCGGAAACGAAUAGUUGUUGA